CAGCACAGUUCUGAUUUGAUAGAUUCCUCCGUGGCCCUGUUUCCGGGCUUUCUCUCUUUAAUUCCCCGCUCUGUUCUCCUUAAAUUCCCAACAUGGUCUGUGAGACGACAAGAAGAUCAUGUGGGGUUCUUAUUGUUGUCGCCGCCGCAGCCGUGGCCAUGUUGGCAGCAUUGUCAUGUGGUGUGGGUCCAGCAAACGCGGGGGGAGGCGUGAACGGGAACGCAGGGAGGCAGAAGCGGCAGUUGAAAGCGGGGAGCGGUGGUGGAAGCAGCAGUGGGUGCAGCAAUCUCAAUCUGUACGAAGGGAGCUGGGUUUACGACCAGGCUUAUCCUCCCUAUGAUUCAUCUUCUUGUCCCUUCAUUGGCAAAGAGUUCGAUUGCUUGAAGUUCGGACGGCCGGAUCGGCGGUACCUUCAGUACCGAUGGCAGCCGGGCGGAGGCUGUAACUUGCCCAGAUUUGAGGGUGAGAAGUUUCUGAGGAGGAUGGAGGGGAAGAAGAUGAUGUUUGUAGGGGACUCGUUGAGUAUGAAUCAGUAUGAGUCUCUGUUGUGCCUGCUCCACGCAGCUGUCUCCAAUUCCAACAUCACCCGUCAAUCCCAACCAUACCUUUCUACCGCAACUUUCCAGGACUAUGGGGUGUCAAUUAUGUUGUUCACGAGUCACUACUUGGUUGAUAUAGAGGAGCAAGAGAUUGGGCGGGUGUUGAAGCUCCAUUCCAUUAGCGACGCCACCAGUAGGCUGUGGAGGCAGAUGGACUUUCUGGUCUUCAACACCUGGGCCUGGUGGUACAGAACCGGACCUGAAAAGGGAUGGGAUUAUGUUCAAGAUGGUGAAACCAUAUCUGAGGACAUGGAUCGAAUGCUUGCUUUCAAGAGAGCUUUAACAACCUGGGCCAAAUGGGUAGAGGCAAAUGUGAAUGCAGCGAAAACAACCGUCUUUUUCCAAGGAGCUUCUCCUUCUCAUUACAACGGCACAGAGUGGGGAAAGCCAGGAUUGAGAGACUGCUCUCAUGAGACAGAUCCAGUACUGCCACCGGAUGCUUCAAACCUCGCUGUUGGUGGAGCCGUCUCCUUGGCGUUACAAGCACAACAAGACGCAAUCAAAUCCAUCCACCAUCCAAUCUUGUUCCUCAACAUAACUGGGCUUUCACAUCUCAGAAAAGAUGGCCACCCAUCUUCCCACAGUGGGCUUGCCAGGCUGGAUUGCACCCAUUGGUGUAUAGCAGGAGUCCCCGAUGCUUGGAACCAACUUCUCUACACAACUAUUCUAGAUCAACCUUUCACACAUGCACCAUUCUUUUAGCUAGCUAGCUCAGAUGUCACUACAAAUUCAAUUCAUCUUGGCCUCAUUAAUAAUUACUAUAUUUCAAUUAUUUUGAAUUUAGACUGACUAGCUGGCCUGCCCAUAAAUAAUAAUAAAAUAAUAAAAGGCUAAGCAAUGCUGUUUCAGACGGCGAUCAUGAACUCAUAGAUAGCCUGAUUUCAAAGAGGCAAACAUGAAUUAAUUAGUCUAGCAAAUGUAUGCAUAUUGUGGUCCAGAGCUAGGAAAAACUGUUGAAGUUAAUGUAUUCUGUACGUAAUUAACCAUGAAUGAUUGU